AUGUCUCUCGAGCCUUCUGAAGAUAUCUCUCCGUCGGAAACGGGCCCGAAAACCGACAUGGAAGCAGUAGCCUAUCCGUCGAUCUCCGCUAGCAAUGACGAGCACACCCCAGCAGACAGCAUCCAGGAAAAGCAUAAGGAAGACAAGGCUGUGGCUGCCGAGCCGGGAUACAUCACUGGACUGCGGUUGUUUCUGAUCAUGUUUACCAUCUUUGUGAGCACACUCCUUGCAGCUCUCGAGAUUGGAAUUAUCGCAACUGCAAUUCCUGGGAUCACUGAUGAUUUUUAUCAACUUGACGACGUAGGAUGGUAUGGAAGCGCAACUUUUCUUCUUGUCGGAGCUUCCUCGCCUAUGUGGGGAAAGCUUUACAAAUACCUCCCUGUUAGAUGGGUUUACAUGUGCUCGGUCCUAUUUUACCUGGUAGGUAGCAUUGUCGCGGCCGUAGCUCCUAAUAACAUCUCUGUAAUUGUUGGUCGAGCUAUCCAAGGUCUGGGAGCUGCGGGAACGCUGGGAGGCUCUGUUCUCGUUAUCAAUCUCGUGGCCGAACCAAAGCAGCGACCAGUCCUGAUCGGUAGCUGGAUGGGUGUCUUUAUGGUAUCGACAAUCCUUGGGCCUAUUAUCGGCGGUGCUUUCUACCAGUGGCGUCUCUUGGCGCAUGUCAAACCGGUCCCAGCCUCUUGGACAGAGGUUCUUUUGCAGCUCGAUCUACCCAGAUUCAGUCUUUUGCUUGGCUUACUGGUAUGUUUUGCCCUGGCUCUUCAAUGGGGUGGUCAAAGCAAAGCAUGGAAUACCGGAGUCGCUAUUGCCCUAUUGGUCCUCUGGAUUGCCGUCACCAUUCUCUUUUUCGUUGUCGAGGGUUUCCAAGGUUCACGCGCGAUGGUAAUGUUCUAUCUCCCUAUCUACUUCCAGUCUAUUCAUGACAAGUCCGCUGUUUUGAGUGGCGUUGAUACCCUCCCCUUCCUGGCCUUUUUCUCCCUGGGAGCCCUGAUGAGUAGUGGGAUUGUCGGAAAGACGCGCCAUCUUAUGCCCUAUCAACUAAUCAGUGCACUCCUGAUGGUUGCCGGAAUGGCUCUGUUCUACACUAUGGGUGUCAAUUCACCCGAGGCCCGCUACCUUGGGACUCAAGUUCUCUAUGGCUUCGCGGUCGGGCUCGGAAACCAGAUCCCUAUGACAGCAGUGCAGGGUUUCUCAAAGCCGGAGGAUGUGGCAAGCUCCACUGGUAUCAUGCUAACCUGCCCUGUGUGUCAAUCUAUGAGUGGAACGUACUUCGUUAUCGUGGCACAGGCUCUUUUUGCCAAUCGCUUGCUGCAGACGUUGAAGAAGUCCAACUCCAAUAUCGACACUGCUACGGCCUUGGGAACAGGAGCAUCCCAGAUACAGUACAUUUUCCAGGGCAGUGAGCUUACAGCCGUGACCAAUGCUUACAUGGUCGAGAUUAAGGACGUCUUCGCCUUUGGUCUCGCCGGUGCAGUAGCCGCUGUCCUGCUGGCACUUAUCAUUCCCCUGGAGCAACUUCCUGACCAUGAGAUCAAGAAGGUAGAGGAGACGGUUGGUGUUUGA